AUGGACCAGAAAAUAAAUGCGUUGACAACAUCAACGGUCAGUUGGAACAAAGAACCGCCCUGUUGGGUUGAUUUAGGUUGCAGCUUGGUUUCCUUGACAGGGGCCGAUCUGGAGAAGUUAGUGACGAAAAAGGCGUCAGAGUCUGAAGACGGUAGAAUCUCGAUGGUGAGUUCCUUGAAGUCCAAAAUUGACCACGCGUCGAAACCGACGUCGAGGAAAAUUAGCGACCACUCACAGUAUGCAUAG